AUUAUUAUUAUUAUACAAGACUUUCGUGCUUUUCUCCAGAAGCUGCGCAAGUUCGAGAAUUUGGGUUUCUCUGUCCUUCUCUAUUUGGGCGGUGUAAUAAUGCUAUCACUUAGUGACAUUACUUUAUGGGCCUCACUGAUGCACUGAGCUUAUUGUUUGCGGCUGCUGUUUGGUUCGCUAGUUACGCAUUGGUUGCAGUUCUUGGAGUCUUUCAAGCCCUUGAUUUUCUCCGAACCUCCAUUCCCAACUAACAGUAAAAAACCUGCGAAUAGACAGGAGAAAAACAAAUAGGAAACUAUCAUGGGUUACGCACAAUUAGUCAUUGGCCCUGCUGGCAGUGGAAAGUCUACCUAUUGUUCUAGCUUGUCCCAACAUUGCGAAACAAUUGGCCGAUCAAUCAAUAUUGUGAACUUAGAUCCUGCUGCUGAGGAUUUUAACUAUCCUGUAGCAAUGGAUAUUAGGGAACUCAUUUCGUUGGAGGAUGUCAUGGAGGAGCUGGGAUUGGGGCCAAAUGGUGGUCUUAUUUACUGCAUGGAGCACCUGGAAGAAAAUCUGGAUGAGUGGCUGACAGAAGAAUUGGAUAAUUACUUGGAUGAUGAUUAUUUAGUUUUUGACUGCCCAGGCCAGAUAGAACUCUUCUCCCAUGUACCAGUGCUUAAGAACUUUGUGGAGCACUUAAAGCGUAAAAAUUUCAAUGUCUGUGUUGUGUACUUACUUGAUUCACAGUUUAUAACAGAUGUCACCAAGUUCAUAAGUGGCUGUAUGGCCUCACUCUCUGCUAUGGUUCAACUGGAGCUACCUCAUGUUAAUAUUCUCUCCAAAAUGGACCUUGUGAGAAACAAGAGGGACAUUGAGAAUUACUUGAAUCCAGAACCUCAGACUCUGUUGGCUGAGUUGAAUCAGCGUAUGGCUCCACAGUUUGGGAAACUUAAUAAGAGUUUGAUUGAACUGGUGGACCAGUACAGCAUGGUUAGCUUCUUUCCUCUUGAUCUGAGAAAAGAAAGCAGCAUUCAGUACAUUUUGUCGCAAAUUGACAUGUCUAUUCAGUAUGGGGAAGAUGCAGAUGUGAAGAUCAAGGAUUUUGAUCCCGAAGACGACUGAACAAGAAUUUUGAGUUCAACAUAAAAGCAAUACAAUUUUCAGGGUUGCACUCGUUUUGCCAAUGUGGAUAACUAUAAUGCAAGAAAAGACACUGCAUUUUUUUUACUUGGAAUUGGUUCCUAUAUGUUGGGACGAGACAGUUUGUCUGAUAAUGGGUUUGAUGGUGAUGAGUUUGUGGAACAUCUCAGAUAGCUUUCUUUUGAAGCAAUUGUGUAUUUUGGACAUGUGAAAGAAAGGAAGUGACUAUUGGCUACAAAUGUUAAGCAGUAAUACCGUGAAAUCUUCAGGCU